AUGGCUGCCGACAAGCUUUCAAUUGAGGAUCCCUUCCAGGAUCCUCGAACUCCUGAAAGACGUUACACCGGGCCAUUUGGCACUACCCUUAGUGAAGGCAAGAAAGAGGCAUAUGAAAUUGCACCAUCCAUGAAAAGCUUCUCCAUGGAGAGUAAAUCAGAACGUCCAUGCGGGAACGUCAAUUAUGACGAUGAAGGAAACUUGUUGCUCUCUCAGAGACGUGAGGCCUCAGCCUCUCGCUCUACCUCGUGUUCCAUCGAGAGUAGCAAGCGCUCUCGGAUCCCGAUGGCUAGCUACCACCUCAGAACACCGGCAGGGCCAUCUUCGCUGGGAAAAGAGAUGCAGACUCCCAGCACACAUCGCAGUGCGAUACCUGUGCCUAUUCAAAAACGCAGUGCAUCGUCUCCUGCUCGUGCCUAUGAAGCCACACUUACAGAGCCAUGUACCGGAAAAGCUCCAUUUGUUAAUACUCCUUCCGCUCUAAGUACCAAGUCAUCAGAGGGGCUGUUAGGUGCUACUACGUCCAAUUUUGUGACUGCUACCGAGAGAGGACAUGCGAUCUCCACCUACUUGUCUGAUGAUGAUUGGAAUUUCGACGAGGAGACGCCGAAGCCACGACGUACCGUCUAUACCGGCGAGUAUCGUACCCCUGUGGCCGAGAGAACUGCCCAGCGUAUUCAUGGUCCUAGACUGAGAAUCUCUUCAUCCGCAGAUGAGGUGUUGAGAGGUACAGGAUUACAGUCUGUUGGAUACAUCUCAAGCCAAGGAUAUGACUCUGGAGAGUACAAAUCGAUUGAUAAGUCAUCUUCAUUCGAAAGAGGACAAGAUGGCAUUGGUGAUACUGCGGGCAAUUGUUGUUACCCCAUCAAUUCGAAUGAUCAAGAAGGCUUCGAGUUAUGCGAGGAAACUCAAGGGUUGGGUGAAGAGACUGAGGUUCAUGAAAGCAUGUCAGCGGCUCCUGCCCCGAAAAGCGUGCUGUCAGAGCAGAUCCGGUCACAGGCUUCGGUGACAAAAGCUUCUCCUAUCAAAUUGCAGGAAAAUGACACUCUGCUUCCCGUCGCAUCUUCAUACCUGAAGAAGGAACGAGAUCAGACUCCGCCCAGUGGUGAAAGCCAUCACGAUACUCAGCACAUUGAGGAUUCUCACAUUGGUUCUACAGUUGAAUCUUUCAGAGUUCAAAGAGCUCACGCAGCUCUUCAUUCACACCCCGUCAGAUCGUCAUCAGUGGAGGCUAUGUAUGAGUUUCCAAUCCAGGGCACUGGUCUUCUCAAAUCGAAACCUUCAAAUGGAACCGAUCAAGCUGCGACAUUCGACAAAAUCUUGUCUAAGACUAUUGAGAACCAGAAUACCUAUAUCGACGUAAGGGUACAGAAUCCUGCCCCACGCAGUGAGAGAAAGACUACUUUCAGUAUUCUAAACAUGUUCAAGCCUCGCGCUGGUGCUGAUAAGGAGCUCAUAAAUCCCGACAAUGGUGGCAGCACUCAAAAGACUCCCAUAACUGCGAAACCGAUUCGGAAGGCCGUGAGUAGCAAGAACCUGGGCGCUGCCAUGAAGCCAUCGGGCCUUGGAUGGAGCAUAACUCAUUCACGCAAGACUCGCACCGGCCAAAUCUCGAAUCCGAUACAGAUACCUCUCGAGCGGCUUCCUGCUGGCUAUAAACCUCUCCCUGGCCCCAGCACUCCUAAUCUGGUGAACGUGGAACGAAACUUGCCUACAAAUCCCAGGAUCCACACGCCCACAGUCGCUGGGUCCCGAUCACGCAGACACGUUGUCACAGCUUCCAGUGGAAGUCCUUACCUUGCCAGCCAAGCGUCGAAUCCUUCAAGCAAGUCCAUCCUGCGCGCAGCUUCUCCUUCGAGGAUCCCUGUCCCCGUCACCCAUGCUGGGGUUCAAACAGAGAACAGGCUUGUCAAUCAAGGUGGCGGUGUGCACGAUGGAGUGCUUGAUCACUUCAUCAAGAAGUAUGGGAGGGGGGCUAUGACCCCCCCCCAGCGCGACACCUUUUUGCGGCACCUCGAGGGCGUCGGGGCUGCCCAGAAAGCCCUGGACGAGGCAAUUGCCUCGAAAGACAAGAGGCAGUCAGAGAAGGAGGCUGCUGAGGAAGCCCUCGAGCUGUUGUACGAGCAGCUCGAGGGCUUCCUCAGCUAG